AACUAUUUCGAUAGGCAAAGCCAUUUUAGUGCUCGCUACCCCAAACAAGUUGGCAUUCCCAUAGCUGUCUUUUUGUGAGCAUCCAAAUCUUCAACUACCAUGGCCGACAAAGCUGCAGCUGAGAAGCCCGCUGGGCGCCCCAUGCGCUACCCGUACACAUUCUCGGCAAAGAUUGCCCAGUUCCCCAUCAAGCACUACGUGAAGAACCAGUGGAUCUGGCGCUACUACUUCAUUGCGGCCGUCGCCUGCGUUCCCGUGUUCUACAAGAUCAGCAAAUUGGCCAACUCGGAGGGAAACAAGAAGGCAUGGGCCGAGUCCCAGGCUAAGGAGCACGCCGAGCACCACUAAACGGCCAGUCACUUAGUUUUAAUAGUUGCAUCAACAUUUCAGAGCUGUUUGUGUUUGGUUUAACGUGAUUCGGCGAAUAAAAUCAGUUGAAAACGAAUAUAAAAUUA